UUUCUCUGUGUGACUUACCACUUGGGUGUGUGAGUGAGAAAUGGAAAGCGGGCUUCCCAUGCUCAACUGUCUUUUGCAGCAUACUCUCAGAGGCUUAUGUUCAUGUUCAUCAGAUUCUUCUUCUUCUUCAAAUUCUUCUAAGUGGGUUUAUGCUGUGUUCUGGAGAAUCUUGCCCAGGAACUAUCCUCCUCCCAAGUGGGAUUAUGGAGGUAGUGUUCUUGAUCGCUCCAAAGGAAACAAAAGGAACUGGAUUCUUGUUUGGGAGGAUGGCUUCUGUGAUUUCUAUGAAUGUGAGCAAGCAGGAAGUAGCUACUUAAAGGGGAGGUUUGGAGCUGAUAUCUUCUUCAAAAUGUCCCAUGAGGUUUAUAACUUUGGAGACGGUUUACUGGGGAAGGUAGCAGUAGACAAUAGUCAUAAAUGGGUGUUCAGAGAUGCACCAAAUCAAGUUGACAACCCCAACUUCAUUUCCUCUUGGAAUGUCUCCACUGAACCUCAACCGAAGGCAUGGGAGUUUCAAUUCAGUUCAGGCAUUCAGACUAUUGCCAUCAUUUCUGUUAGAGAAGGCAUAAUUCAGCUUGGCUCGUUCGAUAAGAUAGCUGAAGAUCUCAAUCUGGUGAUCAACAUACAGAGGAAAUUCAGCUACCUGCAAAGCAUACCAGGUGUUUUCGCCAUGCAAAGGCCUUACCUACCUAUCCAGCAUCCCUACAUCCUCAAACCAAGUAACGCUCAGAAUAUGAUUAUGAAUGGAAGCAAUACUACUACUACUACUGCUAGUAAUGGUGCAGGGGUCAAGAGAUUGUUCAACCACACGCCGGAUGAUCAGAUGAUCAAGUCCAUCAACUUGGGCUGGAACACACCUCAAAAUGGGAUAGGACUAGGACUCCGAGGAUCAUCUUCCACUUCAGUAUUACCUGAUCCUAAUUGGCCGAUUCCAUUUCAACCGCCUUUUCUACCCUCCAUUUCAUGCAGCCUUGGAGCUCUUUUAUCAAAGCUCCCUUCAGUUUCACCUUCACCUUAUACUAAUGAUGUCAUUCAUGAAGCUCCUCAUACUAUGACUACUAAUUCAGCUACGCUCAUGAACAACAACGACAACUGUGCCGAUCACGAAAACAAAACACUGAAGGUUAGUGGUGGCAAUAUUAAGAUAGAGGCAUCAUCAUCGCCCUGUCAUUUAGAUGUAGCUCAAGAAGAAAAGCAUAACGCCAUAGACCCUAAUAAUCUUGGUUUGGGAAAAGGGCAGAGUUAAUUAGCCUAUUCUGCAUCUUUUCGUACAAUAAUAGUGUAUGUAGCAUGAGAACAUGUCUUUUCUUCUCCUAAUUGGGGUACAAACCAUCAUAUGAUUAUGUGAAUCCAGAUAAUGUAUGAUAGCAUGUUGACGAUAAAUAAAAGUGUUAUGGUUUAAGUGCU